UGCGCGGCCGCGGCGCUGAUCCCCGCGGCCGACGUGAAGGUGGAGGUGCUGCAGAAGCCGUUCAUCUGCCACAGGAGGACUAAGUGGGGGGACAUGAUGCUGGUUCACUAUGAGGGUUACUUAGAGAGGGAUGGCUCCAUGUUUCACUCCACGCACAAGCAUAACAAUGGUCAACCUAUGUGGUUUACCCUUGGCAUAAGGGAAGCUAUCAAAGGCUGGGACAAAGGUUUGAAGGACAUGUGUGUGGGAGAGAAGCGGAAGCUAACUAUUCCACCAGCCCUUGCUUAUGGAAAGGAAGGAAAAGGUAAACAGCUGAAGCCCUUCCCUUUAAUUGUUUUUAAUCUCUGUAUUUUACUCUUCUCCUUGGCGUAA